AUGGUCUUCCUGGACCGACUGUCUCACAAUCGCUGGUCAUGCUUAAACAAGGACUGGAAGCGAGCUUUCGUUAUUUACGGGCGAUCGAUCACGGCAUUGCAGCGUGCUGAGCGACUGGUUAAUCUGCUCCACAAGCCCGAUGCAUUAGCCAAGGAACUUGGAAAUCCUGGUCACACAAAUUGGGACCCCCUUCAAUUCCCCGAGACCCUGCUGCUGGAGAUUGAAAAUGGGAUUUUGAUUCGAGAUGUGCAAGAGAGUAUCGCGCAGAUCAUGAGAAAUCCAGCCCCAGGGAGGAAUGCUGUCAUGCAGCUGAAUAUGGGAGAAGGCAAAUUAUCAGUCAUUAUCCCGAUUGUGGCUGCGGAUCUUGCGAACAGAUCAUAUCUUGCUUGCGUCCUUGUUGCCAAGCCACAAUCAAGGCAAAUGCUCCAAAUGCUGGUCGCGAAACUCGGUGGCCUACUGGAUAGACGGAUCUAUCACAUGCCCAUCGCACGCUCUUUGAAGCUGGGCGGGCAAGAGGCGGAGGAGAUUGAGCGCAUGUGCAAUGAAUGUAUGUGUCAUGGAGGAGUUUUAUUGGUUCAGCCGGAGCAUAUAAUCUCUUUGAAACUGAUGUGUCUCGAGUGUUUCAUUGCUGGCAAAGAGACGGUGGGCCGCUCCCUGCUCCGCAUCUUAGAUCUCUUUCGGAAGUUCUGUCGUGACAUUGUAGACGAGAGCGAUGAGAACUUCAACGUCAAGUUCGAACUUAUCUAUACUAUGGGGGAUCAACGGCCCAUCGAACAUAGUCCUCAUCGGUGGAUGAUCAUACAGGAAUUACUAGAUCUUGCGCAAAGGUAUGCUCCUCUUGUGCAGAAUCAACAUCCUCACUCGAUCGAGGUAAGCGAAAACCAACAUGGGGGAUUCCCUCGCAUUCGUUUGCUCGACGAUGACGGCGAGCAGGCUCUGCUGGAGCACAUGACGAAGUCUGUAAGGGAUGCAAUCUCAAUCUACAUUCGGACAGCAGAUCUCACGGCUGAUCAAAUUCAUGCCGUGGAGGGCGGUGACGCAGGAGGUUUUUGGGGGGAUAGCACUAGCAGUUCCCUUCUUCUGGUGCGAGGCCUACUUGCUGGAGGUGUUCUAGCGUUUUGUCUAGGACGAAAACGGUGGCGAGUGAACUACGGCCCAGAUUUGAACCGAGAUCCACCGACAAGGCUUUGUGUGCCAUACCGAGCCAAGGACAGUCCUUCCCUCCGUUCGGAGUUCAGCCAUCCGGACGUUGUGGUUUUGUUGACAUGCCUGAACUACUACUAUUCUGGUCUCACUGACAGUGACCUGUUCCUCUCCUUUGAUGAUAUUGCCAAAUCUGACCAAGCUGAUGCAGAGUAUCAAGCUUGGGUUGAUGGUGCGCCUAAACUCCAGCCAGCUUACCAUCACCUAGUGGGGGUCAAUCUGGACGACCGGCCGCACUGUGUCAGUCAAAUAUUCCCUGCGCUUCGAUUCUCAAAAGCGGCCAUUGAUUACUUUCUGUCACAUAUCGUUUUUCCUAGAGAAAUGAGAGAAUUUCCGCACAAGCUAUCUGCCUCAGGUUGGGAUAUUGAAGAGGUCAAAAUGAAUCCCACAGUGGGAUUCAGUGGGACAAACGAUUCUCGCAAAACCCUGCCCUUGACUGUUCAUCAACUCGACCUAUCGCAGCAAAACCAUACAAACGCUUUGGUUCUUGAAUAUCUGCUACAAGACGAGAACUCCGUGACGCAUAUUCCGCUACCGAAUUCGUCACACCAAUCCAAUGCACACACUCUUUUAGAUUUGGUGUCCACUUUGGAUCCACCUGCUCAGGUGAUCCUAGAUGUAGGCGCACAGAUUUUGGAGCUUAAUAAUCGCGGUGUGGCAGAGUACUGGUUGAGUAAACAACCGAUCGAUAGCCCCAUGAGUUAUGGCCAAUCCGCGAUCGGGGCGGAGAGGUACAGACCAAGCUACCAGAAAACAUGCGCCUCCGAAUCCGAAAAUGCAAGUCACCACUUACGCUUGAUUCGAGAACGAUGCGGAGAAUUUGAAGAGCUCGACCAUGUCUCCUCCACUCUGCAAGAGGAGCAAGAGCGCGAACUUGUACCAGAAAUCGAAAGCGAGCGACAGGUGCAGAGACCUUCGCCCGCCAUACCGGAAGCACAUCGCAUUCACCCACAUGUCUGCUCUUUCAUCACCACAGGUGACUUAAAGAGCUCUUCAGAGGGAUUCGAACCGGCGUUUCAUACGCUACAGAAUACCUCUGCAGCAUCAUAUCUGGAUUUUGAUGACUUGCCCAUGGGACUUUUAGCCACCAGAGACUUUUUCACAACCGUAAAAACGUCCAGUUCUUCUUCUUUCAUGCCUGACGCCUUUCAAAGAAGUGUUAGAUGGAUUCUUACCAGUGCAAUUCCUAAAUCUCAAGGCAGGGGUGAGGUUAUGCAUAUGGUGAUCAUCAGCCCUUUUGAGGCCAACUACCUCAUGUCUCGCAUACGGAACUCGACAUCUGUCACUCUGCAUCUAUAUGCACCGCGCCAAAAUCAAACCUUCCCACCACUGGACAAAUUCACGUUGUAUAACGUUCCGGAGCUGCCUGGGAUGAUUUCGGUGCCCGAUGAACUUCGGAUUCAUCUCAAUCUUUUCUCGGGGCAGCUAUAUUUUGAUUCCUACUCGGAGUACCAGAAGAUCUGUGGCUUUCUAGGGAUUGCAUCGACUCAGACCGCACAGGGAAUGAUUGUUGCCUCAGAUGGUUUCAUCAAGCAAGGCAAUUCGGAACAUAAAAGCACUUUCCGUCGUAGUCCGCUGAAAUACUUUGGGAUCCUGAUGUCACAGAUCCGAAAGAAUUGUCAGGAGAUCGGGAGGACACACAUGGGUCAGGUUGUCAAUGGUCGCCUCCUAUCCCCGCGAGACUUCUUCGAAAGCACAAAUCGACAAUUUAGCAUUCGCACGGCGAAAGACUGA